CUCCUCGGACUCCGGCUAGAGCGUUUCCAGGCCUCGGCGGUCCGAUAGCCAAGGGGGCGCGCGCUAGCUCCUGGCCAAGGCCAGCCGGCGGGCCGUGCCCGAGGAGGAGUCGUGGGGUCCGGGGCGGAGCCGCCUGGCUCCUCCUCGCGGGCGGAGGGAAGCCCGAGGUCGCGGGCGCAGGCUCCGUCUGGUAACGAACUUGUGUGCUGUGGCGCGCACGGCUGCGAAGGAUGACGGGCUGCGGCCGCCGGUCUGGCUGGCUGCCCCCGCUGCGCCUGCUGCUGCUGCCUCUGCUGCUCGGAGGCCCCGGCGUCGGCGCGGCCCAGCUCGCGGCGCUGUAUUCGGCCUCCGACCCCUUGACGCUGCUGCAGGCUGACACGGUGCGCAGCACGGUGCUCAACUCCCCCAGUGCCUGGGCCGUGGAGUUCUUCGCCUCCUGGUGUGGCCACUGUAUAGCCUUCGCCCCGACAUGGAAGGCGCUUGCCAAGGACAUCAAGGACUGGAGACCAGCACUGAACCUCGCCGCCUUGAAUUGUGCUGACGAAACCAACAAUGCAGUCUGCAGAGACUUCAACAUUGCUGGCUUCCCGAGUGUGAGGUUCUUUAAAGCCUUUUCCAAGAAUAGCACAGGAACAACGUUGCCUGUGGCUGGUGCCAAUGUGCAGAUGCUUCGGGAGAGACUCAUUGAUGCCCUGGAGUCCCACCAUGACACCUGGCCCUCGGCCUGUCCACCACUGGAACCUGUCAAGCCAAAGGAGAUUGAUACAUUCUUUGCAAGAAACAACCAAGAGUACCUGGUCCUAAUCUUCGAGCAGGAAAACUCCUACUUGGGUAGAGAGGUAACUCUGGACCUGUCCCAGCACCACGACCUGGUAGUGCGCAGGGUCUUGAGCACAGAGGCCAACGUGGUGAGAAAGUUUGGUGUCGCAGACUUCCCAUCUUGCUACCUGCUGUUUCGGAAUGGCUCUGUCUCCCGAGUCCCUGUGCUGGUGGAGUCCAGGCGCUUUUAUACUGCUUACCUGCAGCGGCUCUCUGAGGUCACCAGGGAGGGUACCCCAACCCCAGCUGUACCGACCAUUUCUGACCAGAUAGCACCUACAGUGUGGAAAUUUGCUGAUCGCUCCAAGAUCUACAUGGCUGACCUGGAAUCUGCGCUACACUACAUCCUGCGGGUAGAAGUGGGCAGGUUCUCUGUCCUGGAAGGGCAGCGCCUGAUGGCCCUGAAAAAGUUUGUAACAGUGUUGACCAAGUACUUUCCUGGCCAGCCCUUGGUCCGGAACUUUCUGCAGUCCACAAAUGAAUGGCUUAAGAGGCAACACAAAAAGAAAAUGCCUUAUAGUUUCUUUAAAACUGCCAUGGACAGCAGGAAUGAGGAGGCGGUUAUUACCAAGGAGGUGAAUUGGGUUGGCUGCCAGGGGAGUGAAUCGCAUUUCCGGGGCUUUCCCUGCUCCCUGUGGAUCCUGUUCCACUUCCUGACUGUGCAGGCGAGUCAGAAAAAUGCAGAGUCCUCCCAAAAGCCAGCCAAUGGCCAAGAGGUCCUCCAAGCCAUCCGGAAUUACGUGCGCUUCUUCUUCGGCUGCCGCGACUGUGCUAACCAUUUUGAACAGAUGGCUGCUGGCUCCAUGCAUCGGGUGAAGAGUCCAAAUGAUGCGGUUCUCUGGCUCUGGACGAGCCACAACAGAGUCAACGCUCGCCUUGCAGGUGCUCCCAGUGAGGACCCACAGUUCCCCAAGGUGCAGUGGCCUCCCCCUGAACUCUGCUCCGCCUGCCACAAUGAACUCAGUGGGGAGCCUGUGUGGGAUGUGGACGCCACGCUCCGCUUCCUCAAGACCCACUUCUCACCAAGUAACAUCGUCCUGAACUUCCCUCCAGCUGAACCAGCCUCCCGGAGCAGUGUGCACAGUUGGGGAGCUACCCCACACCUGGAGCUGGAUGCUCUGGGACUGGUGACCAGAAACUCAGCUCUGGCCCUUGAGCGGGCUGAAAUCUCGGAGUCUCCUGGAAGCAAUGCCAUGCCAAAUAUUCCAGCUGAGAGACCUGAGGCAAGUGGGCCCCACAUGCUGCACACUGGCCUCCAGCUGAGCAGACUGCCAGGGCAGGUGCUUCCUAAGCAUGUAGCAGAGCCCCGGGGGCAGCAACGCUUGACCAAGCGGGACACAGGGGCUGUGUUGCUGGCUGAGUCCUGGCCUGAGCAGAACCACCUCCAGGGCCUUUCAGAACUGAGGCAAGGAGCCCGCAGCUCCAAGCAGCUGGCCAGCAUCCUCGAGAGGGAGCCAGAAUCCCACGCUGUGUGGGGCCAAGGCCAGUGGCUACAGGUGCUGGGAAGGGACUUUUCCCACCUGGACAUCAGCCUCUGUGUGGGGCUCUACUCCCUGUCCUUCAUGGGCUUGCUGGCCAUGUGUUCCUACUUCCGGGCCAGAAUGAGGGUCCUGAAGGGCCAUGCUGGUCACCUUGCAGCCUGAGCCUUCUAAUGAGGGGAGGGGGCUGCUGUCUGUGGGCACCCUCUGCUCCCUUGCCUUCCCUGCCUCCCCUGUCCACCCAAGAGGGUGGGAAGUCCACCAGGGCCAGUUGCUCCAGUGAACCCCAUGUCUGCUGGGAAGGAGUAUUUCACAGACGAGAGACAGGAACAGGGUCAUGCACAGCUGGCCAGAAAGGGAGGGCAGCCUUGGGUAGGGACUUUGGAAGACACAGGCCCUGGCCUCUCAGCACCAAAU